AUGGUACACUACCGUAGUACGCGAGGCGGCGUCCGUGGUCUCAGUUUUGAACAAGCGGUGCUCACAGGUCUGGCGUCCGAUCGUGGUCUUCUUGUUCCUGAAGCCAAUGAGUUUCCGACGUUGCCCACCGGCGCGUUGGACAAGUGGGCGUCGUUGUCUUACCAGGAGUUGGCCGUGGAGGUCAUCGGUCUUUUCAUCGACGAGAGCGAGAUCUCGCGCGACGAAUUGCGAUCACUCGUAGACAAGAGCUACAAUUUGACCACGUUCCGGGCUAAAGAGGUGGCACCCGUUGUCAAAGUCUCGGACCACAUGCUGGUGCUCGAGCUUUUCCAUGGCCCAACAUUCGCCUUUAAGGACAUUGCACUGCAGUUUCUGGGUAAUCUCUUUGAGUUUUUUCUGCAGCGUAAGAAUGCAGUGCUACCCGAUGGUGCUCCACAGUACCAAAUUACGGUCGUGGGUGCCACCUCCGGUGAUACAGGCAGUUCAGCCAUUUAUGGUCUACGAGGCAAGAAGAACGUCGAAGUGUUCAUUUUGUUUCCAGAGGGACGUGUAAGCGCGAUCCAGCAACGCCAAAUGACGACGGUACUGGAUGAAAAUAUUCACAAUGUGGCCGUCAAGGGCACGUUCGAUGAUUGUCAGGCUAUUGUCAAGGAUCUGUUUGCCAACGCCGAGUUCAAGGCCAAGUAUCAUCUCGGUGCAGUCAACUCCAUUAACUUUGCUCGUAUCUUGGCGCAGGUUGUCUAUUACGUGUGGGCCUACUUUCGAGCUCGCGAGCAAGGUGUGUCCGGCGAGGUCGCCUUCUCCGUCCCUACGGGCAAUUUCGGCGACAUCCUCGCUGGCUUUUACGCCAAAAAGUUGGGUCUACCCAUUGGAAAGCUGAUCGUGGCCACGAAUGAGAAUGAUAUUCUGCAUCGCUUCUUUUGCAUGGGCAAGUACCACCGCCAUGACAUUAAACACACGAUCACACCUUCCAUGGACAUUUGUGUAUCUAGCAACUUUGAGCGCUACCUCUUUGCUUUGUCUGGCGAAAAUCACGAUAUUUUGCGCGACUGGAUGCAAGGCUUUGAACAAACUGGAGAGCUCACAAUUUCGGGUGAGUUGCUCGCCAAGGCACAGGACGAGAUGGCAUCGUACGCGGUGCUCCAGGAGGAGGUGCGGUCCACCAUUGCCCAGUACUCGAAGGUGCAGCACUACCUCUUUGACCCGCACAGUGCUAUAGGUGCGGCUGCUGCCAUGCGCUUUGGCAUGGACGCGCUUGCCGAUAAACCGGGGUUAGCUGUGGUCGUUGUUGGUACUGCUCACUACGGCAAGUUUCUGCCUGUUGUGUCCAAGGCGCUUGGUGUGACUGAGGCAGAGAUCGAGCAGCAUCCGAUUUUGAAGGCAUUGGAAUCACUCUCCACUCGGCUCGCGACUGCCAAUAACUCGAGUGCUACCGUGGCUGAGUACAUCCGCAAGACCAUCGGUAAGAAAAAUCAGAAGGCUUGUGUUGAGGGCGGACAAAUGUGGGCAUCACUUUCGAAAGAGUCCACGCUGGUCUCUUUAGCGCUUGCCGCUGCGGCGGUUGCUGUCGCUAUUUUUGUAACUCGACGCUCGAAGUAA